AUGGGAAAUUUUUUUAAUCUUGUGAAGUCAAAGCCUAAUUAUAAGAAGGAACUCAAAGAAUGGAAAAGAAUGAUGGAAAGACAACUUGCAGAAAAGAACAAUGUAAUAAGUAAUCUGAAUGAAGUUCUACGACAACAGAACAAACGUAUCCAACAUAUCCAUAACAACAACCAAGAACUAUUAGACGCCAUUGAACACAUCGUAAAACAGUUGAAGGCUAAAAGUAAUGAGGCUGAACAAGAUGAGAAAUUUGAGAUCUCCGACAACCGCACCCGUGUACUACAGAGCCGUGUUUCUGUUCUGACUUCGAAUCUGAGAGAGGCAAGCCAGCGAAUCGAGACGCUGGCAUCAAAUUUUGAAACGACCAAACAUGAACAAGAGGAUAGGUCGACAUUGAUUUCCUCUGCGAUGAGUGAAUUUAAAGAAUUGACUCAGAAAAUUACAGAUGUUGGUAUAAAUCUAUCACAGCUGGAAUUUAAAGUUCUUCAAAAUGAGAAAAAGAUUAAUCAAGGGAUAAAUGUUAAAAAGCGAACGAUGCUUGAGUCCUUGUUACAGGAGAUUAAUGAACUUGAGGAUGAAAAGGAUGGCCUGCUAAGAUUUACUGAGGAGGCGCUUGGCAUUGGAGAUGAGGACAAUAGAAUGAAACUUUAUGAGAAGAUUAAUGGCACUCUGGAGAAAGUACGUCGCUUUGAAGGCUCUCAGCAAAUCGCAACAUCCUUAUGA